AUGGCGGAACCGAAAGCUAGGGUUUUAAUGGUCUCUGAUUUCUUCUUCCCAAACUUUGGUGGUGUGGAGAAUCACAUCUACUAUCUCUCUCAAUGCUUGUUAAAGCUCGGACACAAGGUAGUGGUCAUGACACAUGCUUAUGGGAACCGCUCUGGAGUUCGAUACAUGACUGGUGGACUCAAAGUCUAUUAUGUACCUUGGAAACCUUUUGUUAUGCAGACCACAUUUCCAACGGUUUAUGGAACAUUUCCCAUUGUAAGGACCAUUCUUAGACGCGAGAAAAUUACGGUAGUUCAUGGCCACCAAGCUUUCUCUACUCUUUGUCAUGAAGCUUUGAUGCACGCCCGGACAAUGGGCUACAAAGUUGUGUUCACAGAUCAUUCCUUGUACGGUUUUGCUGAUGUUGGUAGCAUCCACAUGAACAAGGUCUUACAGUUCAGUUUAGCAGAUAUAGACCAGGCGAUUUGUGUUUCACACACGAGCAAGGAGAACACGGUUCUAAGGUCUGGAUUGUCCCCUGCAAAGGUUUUCAUGAUACCAAAUGCUGUUGAUACGGCUAUGUUCAAGCCCGCUUCUGUUCGACCCAGUACUGAUGUCAUCACUAUAGUUGUCAUUAGUAGAUUGGUUUAUCGGAAAGGUGCGGAUUUGCUCGUUGAAGUCAUUCCAGAAGUCUGCCGUUUAUACCCCAAUGUUCGUUUUGUAGUUGGAGGGGAUGGACCAAAACAUGUGCGGCUAGAGGAAAUGAGAGAGAAGCAUUCUCUCCAAGAUAGAGUCGAAAUGCUGGGUGCAGUGCCGCAUUCUCGUGUCCGCUCUGUUUUGGUAACCGGUCAUAUUUUUCUAAACAGUUCUUUAACAGAAGCGUUCUGCAUAGCUAUAUUAGAGGCAGCUAGUUGCGGAUUAUUAACUGUCAGCACUCGUGUUGGAGGUGUCCCAGAGGUCCUACCAGAUGACAUGGUUGUACUUGCUGAGCCAGAUCCGGAUGAUAUGGUACGAGCAAUUGAGAAGGCAAUAUCAAUACUCCCAAGUAUUAAGCCCGAGGAGAUGCACAAUCGAAUGAAGAAGCUCUACAGUUGGCAAGAUGUUGCCAAAAGAACCGAGAUUGUGUACGACCGAGCCUUGAAAUGCUCCAAUAGGAAUCUUCUAGAACGUCUAUCGCGGUUCCUAUCGUGUGGAGCUUGGGCAGGGAAGCUAUUCUGUAUGGUUAUGAUCGUCGAUUAUUUACUUUGGCAUUUACUUCAAUUACUGCAGCCUGAUGACGAUAUCGAGGAGGCACCCGAUGUCCUUAUACACUAUCAUGGAGAGAAGAUAAACUGA